CACGCACGCGCACGCACGCACGCGCAGACCCAGCGCCGAGCCCGCGCCAUGGCGUCGGAGCGGCUGCCUAGCCGGCCGGCCUGUCUGCUCGUGGCCAGCGGCGCCGCGGAAGGUGUGUCGGCCCAGUCCUUCCUCCACUGUUUCACAAUGGCCAGCACCGCCUUCAACCUGCAGGUGGCCACCCCUGGGGGGAAAGCCAUGGAAUUUGUGGAUGUGACUGAGAGCAAUGCACGCUGGGUGCAAGACUUCCGACUCAAGGCCUAUGCCAGCCCCGCCAAGCUCGAGUCCAUUGAUGGUGCCCGGUACCAUGCCCUCCUGAUCCCCAGCUGUCCUGGGGCCCUGACCGACCUGGCCAGCAGUGGCUCCCUGGCCCGUAUCCUGCAGCACUUCCACUCUGAGAGCAAGCCCAUCUGCGCCGUUGGCCACGGUGUUGCCGCCUUGUGCUGUGCCACCAACGAGGACAGAUCCUGGGUAUUCCACGGCUACAGCCUGACAGGGCCCUCUGUGUGUGAGCUCGUCAGGGCCCCCGGCUUCGCCCGCCUGCCGCUCGUGGUGGAGGACUUUGUGAAGGAUUCGGGCGCCUGCUUCAGUGCAAGCGAGCCUGACGCCGUGCACGUUGUGCUGGACCGCCACCUGGUCACGGGCCAGAAUGCCAGCUCCACUGUCCCGGCCGUGCAGAACCUGCUCUUCCUCUGUGGCAGCCGGUGAGGGCUGGGCACAUUCCUGCCAUAUCAGCAGAGCUGCACCCACUGCUUUUGCCCAAGCCCUGACCACACGUCUGUCCUGCAGGAAAUGAACCUGCUGGGUAGAUGCACCCCCGAGACAGCCCAGGUGUCUCCAGAGGCAGACAGCCCCAUCUCAGGCUUCAGGGACCCCACCUCUUCCCUCCUGACAAGGGCCGUGGAUGGCAGCCCGGUCUGGCCCUGAUGGGAUUGUUGGAGGCCUGGAAUCAGCUCAAGGGGGUGUCGGCUCUCCUGGAGGGUCUAAGCCCCCAUCCCCCUGCAUGUUCUCUGGUAGGAGGCAGAGAAGAGACCCCAGGUGCCCGGGGAGGUGUGCUAGCUGCCAGGUGGUCCUCGAGAACUCCAAGCCGGGUUUUCCAGGGAGGACUGGUUGCCAAGUGCGGUCACUGUUGACUAGACAGAGUCGGCUCGGGGGUCCUCUGUGGGGGCUUGCCCUGUCGUGGCCUGUCUGCCACCCACCACCUCUUUCACCGUUGGUGUGGCCCUUGAGGGGAGGACCCAGUCGGCGGGAGCUGGCUCAGAACUUCGGCCAAAGGUGAAUGGAAUAUUUUGGGAGCAGCAGCCUCCCGCCCCGAGGCUGACCGGCACUGGCACUACUUUCCUGUUGAAGUCUUCCUGGCAUGUGGUUUCAAAGUGUAAGCACCUCAGCGAUGCACCCUGUCCUGUCUAAGCAUCAAGAGGCAUGUUUAGUUGUGAAUAUGAGACCAUGAGAUUCUCAAUGAGAGGAAAGUGCUGUUCCCCACGGCCUUGCAGAGUGGCCUCGAGUACAGCGGCUGUCAAGAGCAGACAGUGGUCUGGCCUGCUGGGCACCUGGCCUGGGCCCUGGCCCUCCAGCGGGCUGCCUGCUAGCCCCAGCUUAGGGCCUCUAGGAGAAGCUUAGGCCCUCUUCUUCCUCACAGUUCCCCAGUUUGAGCCAUCGAAGGUCUUCCUCCUGCCCACCUCCCCAUCUCAGCCACAGCCAUUCCCAAGCACCAGGGUGGCUCCUGGUGCCAGUGACCUGCCAGGAGGCCUCUUGUGAUCAUAAAACCAUUCAGUUGGCUGGGCACGGUGGCUCACGCCUGUAAUUCCAGCACUUUGGGAGGCCAAGGUGGGCGCAUCAUCUGAUGUCAGGAGUUUGAGACCAGCCUGGCCAACAUGGUGAAACUAAAAUACAAAAAUUAGCUGGGCGUGGUGUCAGGCACCUGUAAUCCCAGCUACUUGGGAGGCUGAGACAUGAGAAUUGCUUGAACCUGGGAGGCGGAGGUUGCAGUGAACCAAGAUUGUGCCACUGCACUCCAACCUGGGCAACGAGUGAAACUCCGUCUCAAAAAUUAAUAAAGCCGUUCAAUAAGGAGAAUGCAGAAAAAAGUGGAAGAAGAAAGCACUGCAGCCACAUCCCCGCCCUGAAGGCCGCGUCCCUCCAGUGCCUCCCAGAUUAGUCAAGAUGCCCACUUAGCACUGACUGCAGGGCCUUGCUCUGUCCCGGGUCCACUCUCACCCCCAUGUGGUGAUGGACUUCUCUGGACGAGUACUUUAUGUCUUAUUUUAUUUAUUUACUUUUUGAGACAGAGUUUCUCCCUUGUCGCCCAGGCUGGAGUGCAGAGGCACAAUCCUGACUCACUGCAACCUCCGCCUCCCAGGUUCCAGCGAUCCUC